AUGAUAUCUAAAUAAAUAAUUAAAGUAGCUUUCAUACUUUAUCUGCUCUCUAUUUUAGGAUGUUGCUUGGCAGAAUAAUUUGAGAGUGAUCAUGAAGCAACAUUGUUCUCUUUUCUUUAAGAUAAAGAAAUGAUAAGAGCUGAUGAAGACUUAGAUGUAGAUUAUCAUAGAACACAUCAUCAUGAAAAUAAAAUAAAAUCUAGAUAGGUAGUGUAUUGGUUGGAUAAUGAAUAAGACUUGAAGAAAAAUAAAAAAUUAGGUAAAAAAAUAUCUAAGUAAAUAAAAACUAAGGUAUCAUUCUUGUUGUAUGAUGACUAUGAAACUUUUUACAGCGAUAUUAAAGGUUUAGAUAACAUGUUUGUCAAUUUGUACGUAAUUUUGAAUGUAGAAUAAGCAAAAUAAAAAUUAAUAGAUGUACAAAACUUAGUCAAAAACUAAUAGACUAUCAACUUCUAAAAAAUAAUAUGCUAUUCAGAAGAUUGGUAGAAUGAAUAAAAUUAAUUAUCUAAUGAUGAGAAGUAAAUUAUCCAAUCAAAUUCCUAGCUAAUUACUACUGAAUAAGAUCUUUAAGCUUAUUUCUAAAACGAAUCUCUUGUUUUCUAAUUUAUCAAUAUAAUUCCCUUUUAAUUUAUUCCACUUUAUUUGGAUGAUUAUAAAGAUUAUUUGAAACUUCAAAGACACUAUGUUAAGUAAGACUUUUCUAAGUAUAGCUUAGAAUCUAUCUAAAAAUCAAUUCAUGAAGGUAUAUAAGUGCUUUAAACAUUGAAAGGGUUCAAUUUAUACACAAACUAAACAUUUGAUCAAUUAGAGAGUUCUUACAAAGAUUCGUUUUCAAAUAUAACUAAACUACCUGAUGUAUAAAGCAAAAGUAAGGCACUCCUUAAGAUGUACACUGAUUAAGGAAAUUAGUUUUAUGGUGUUCUUAACUCUGCUCUUAACUCUCUCAAUGAAAAUGUAUUGAAGCCAUUCAAACCUAUGAUAGGAUACUUUGGUGUAGGAUUCACUCAUUUUGAUGAAAUGAAAGAGUUCAGAAAUGGCCUUGGAGAUUAUGGAAAUGAAUUAAAAAAUUACUUUGAUUAUAAAAAUAAAAGUUUCUUGUUAUAUAGAGGCACUACUAUUUCAAACUAAAUGAGACAUUUCUUGACAAAUACCACAAAUAUUGGAAGAUAUAUUGUUAUGGCAGCUUUCACUUCUACUUCCUCAAAUCAAACUUAAGCUGUCAGCUAUUUACAAAGAAAACCUGCUGACUAGAGACUCUUACUAGAAAUAACUCAUUCUUAUAAAAAUGAUGAUGAAUUCUAAUAUAGACCUAGAUCUAUCUCUAUUAUUUCAGAAUAUCCUGAAGAAAAAGAAUACCUUUUCCCUCUAUUUUCGGUAUUUUAGGUAUAAAAAUACUAUUUUGAUAGCACAAGGCAAGUGAAUGUGUUAGAAUUAACUUACAUCCAUAGUUACGAUAAGCUUAAAGAAGACACAAAUAAGAAAUCUUAAUUCCUUAUGAGAAAAAAAAUAGCACAUGUUAUAAGGAAUAAUAAUUCAUGA